AUGAACACGCCGCACCUUCCAAAGAUGUUCGACAAACUCCGGCACGGCCCUCGCACCACUCCCAUAUCCUCGGAAACGCCACCAACAUUAUUCGAACCCGGUGCAAUCGUCUUCGACAAGCGCGAUCGCGAUCGCGAUUCAGAAAACAAACCUACACACAAGAAGCUCUGGGUAUGGGAGGUAACAUACCAUCCACCACCCUAUCUGAGGGUCAAGUCGUACUUACUAAAGGAUGUGGCUGAGGAGCAGGCGAAAGAUAUGGGAUCGGCGUGCGAGGUGGAUCUGGAAGAAUGGACACCGGGGAAGGGGGAAAGGAAUAAUUUGAUUGACUUUUAA